UUCUCUCCUCCACCACACUCUGCUUCACUCCCCACCGCUACUUCUCUCCGACCGCCGCCUCUUUCUCCAUAUACACUUGAACCUAUGCGUAUUCUUGCUCAUGGAUAGCUUUUUGCUUUCUGGGUAGCUCCUUUGCUUCGCAUUUUUUGUUCCUUCUAAUGUCUGCAGCUCCGUUUUUAGCAGGAGGGUUGGGUUUUCGGGCAAACUUUCCUUUUGAGCAUUAUCUUAUGGUAAAUUGACUUGACUUUGCAUAAGAUUGCUGUAUGGCUGCUGCCCAACCAGCGAUGGAGGAUAAAGCUUCCUCUGGAAAAUUGGAUAAGAAGGGCUCAAGGUGCAUGAUUGAUUGUAGGGAUAUUGUCAAAAUGGAAAUUUUAUUGGAGGAACAAGUUCAGGCUCCUAAGAGACCUGAGGAUGUUGAUGUUGAUAUAAUUAAUUGUAUAAAAGAAACUGAUAUUAGACCUGCUGAGAUUGAGGACCCUGAUGCAACUGAAUGUUCAAGCUCAUUUGCUGACACCACAUCUGAUACCGAGAAGCAUUCUGGACCAAGUGAUGCUGAAGAGGAAUCCCAGUUCUUUGGUGAUGAAGCUUUUGGAUCUGCUUAUGAUGCAUUCAGUAAUGUGCUUCAAAUGAGGAAGAAGAAGUUGACAAGUCAUUGGAGGAGCUUCAUACGACCACUCAUGUGGCGUUGCAAAUGGACAGAAUUGAGAAUUAAAGAAAUUGAGUCUCAGGCAUUAAAGUAUUCCAGAGAGCUAGAGGCAUACAAUCAGGCUAAACAUUCACUAAUCAAUCAAUGUAUACCAGCAGGUUUUAGUUCAAAGUCGUUGCCUUAUCCUAAUCAAUAUUGCAGAAAAAAGUUCAUAAAGAGGAGGAAACGAAAGAAAGUUGAAGAAACAACUGACAUAACAUCAUACAUGUCACGUCAUAACCUAUUCUCCUAUCUUGAGAAAAAGAAGUCCAAUCAAGAUAGCACUGCAGAUGAUUUUACUAAUGCAGUUAUUACAGACCAACAUGCUGAAUGCAGUGAAAAUUUUGGCAUUAAUAAUGAUCAAAUGCUUUUGGAGCUUGGAGAUGGUGAUGAUAAUUCCUUGGAACGGGUUCUUUGGAAUAUUGAAACAGCUCAUUCUCACAUCCAGAAAUUGAGGAAUAAACUUGAUAUGAUAUUAUCAAAAAAUGCAUCAAAGUUUUCUUCCUCAGAGAAUUUGAGCCUUCUUGCACCUUGUGAGGCUCAGACCAGUUCUGGUCCUAGUCCUACUUUUUCAGCUGGCAAUGGAGACGUAAUGUCAGUUGGAGCUAUGUACAAUGCAAUUCAGCAUAAUGUAGACUAUGAUAUCACAGAUUUUGUUAUGCCUGGAAGUGCAGUUUCAAGUUAUAGAGAGGCUUUCCAUGUUCCAGAUAUAAUAGAAAGCACGGUAGGAUUGCUGUCAUCUGCUGAUGUUACCUUUCACCAGGCACAAAUUGGAGACUUGUGUGAAGAUAUUGUGGACAAUGUGCUGAUUCAUAAUGAAGGGGUUCACCAUGGAGACACAAACACUUUUGUGACAACAAAUAACCAGUCUGUGGAAAAGCUUCGAGAACCAGAGAAUGUAGAACAUGGAAAGACCACUGUUCCUUCACUUCUAACAUCAGAACCUGACCCUGUAGCCAAAACCACAAUGUCUCAAGAACAAUCAACUCUGAGAACAUGUCUGGCCUCAGAUAUAAAUUUCCCCAAGAACAAGAGAAAGCGAGGGGAGCGUAAAGCUGGUUCUGGUGGUUGGAACAAGAAACACUCAGGUGACCCUGAUAGCCAAUAACUAUCUUCGAUGGUUAACCAAGCUAGGCAUGCACUAGAAUUUGCUAAGUAGAUGACAGUACACCACGUGUCACUUUACCAGUGUUGUAAAUGAAGUACCAUGUCUUAGAGGUCCUUAAGUUGUAGUUGUGGCAAGCUGCUUGAAAUCUGAAUCGAAUUUCAAGAACAGCAUUACUCUUUUCAAGUCAUUGCAAUGGACAGUAAUGACGGUCUGUAGUGCAAACAAAGUCAUAUCUGAGUUUUUUCCGGUAGAGAUUUGGUCCAAUUUGGCUGUUACUUGAACCCAAUUGCAGGAAGCAAUACCACAGUACCUUAUCUUUGAUGUUUUGGUAGAAAAAUAGUACCUUCCUGCUUCUAUCUAUUCUGUCAACAUCUUGAUUGCCUAAAAUUUUGGUUAUGGUCUUUUUUCAUGUGAAUAAUUUGCUUUUUUGAAA